CAGCGGAGUUGAUCCGCAGAGCUGCUGCGCGAGGGACAGGGAACUGCUUUCGAUUGUUGGCGGGCGCCGCCAUCUUGGUCAGUGAGCUUGCGAGUGGCUGUACGUCUUUGGUGGAGCGCGGUGUCUUCGUGUUGCGUAUUUCGGGCGGUCGUGACGACCAAGUAUCUUUCUUGAGCGCGUUUCUUUUCCCCGACGAGCCCGUUCCUCGAUAUCGAUAGUAACUCGUGAGAUCCGCGUACAUCCGAGAUGUCGGAACGGGAGGACAACGUUUACAAGGCGAAACUGGCCGAGCAAGCGGAACGCUAUGACGAAAUGGUUGAAGCAAUGAAGAAGGUGGCUUCGUUGGACGUGGAGCUCACCGUCGAAGAAAGGAACCUUCUCUCAGUGGCAUACAAAAAUGUCAUUGGAGCAAGGAGAGCCUCCUGGAGAAUAAUCUCGAGUAUCGAACAGAAGGAGGAGAACAAGGGAGCCGAGGGAAAAUUAGAAAUGAUUCGCCAGUACCGAUCUCAAGUCGAAAAGGAGCUCAGGGAUAUUUGCGCCGACAUCCUCGGCGUCUUGGAUAAGCAUUUGAUACCGUGUGCAUCCACGGGAGAAUCCAAAGUCUUCUAUUAUAAAAUGAAGGGCGAUUAUCAUCGUUACUUGGCGGAAUUCGCCAUCGGUAACGAUAGGAAGGAAGCGGCGGAGAAUUCUCUAGUGGCGUACAAAGCGGCGAGCGAUAUCGCCAUGACGGAAUUGCCGCCGACCCAUCCCAUUCGUCUGGGAUUAGCGCUCAACUUUUCCGUGUUCUACUAUGAGAUUCUCAAUAGUCCUGAUAGAGCGUGCCGCUUAGCGAAGGCGGCCUUCGACGACGCGAUCGCCGAAUUGGAUACACUAUCCGAGGAAAGCUACAAAGAUUCCACCCUUAUAAUGCAGCUCCUCAGGGACAACCUCACUCUAUGGACAUCGGAUAUGCAGGGAGAUGAAUCCGAGCCUGAUCAGCAAGGCGAUAGUGCUGUCGAUACCCACGAUGCCUGAACGUAAAUACACCCUUUUCCUAACAUCCCCGCAGCCCGUCUAUUCGGUGAAGCCGAACAAAAGGAGCAACUGCAAGAUGUGGAAGAUCAGGACGUAUCGUAACUCUAGCUGUAGUGAGUGUUAUCUUACGCAUAUAAAACUGAGACACAAGAAAAAACUCUUAAUAACUCGUAAGCAAAAGAAAAAUAAACCAAUUCAGCAAAUGGCAGUUCGGGAUGGGAAGGGGAGAGAUCUUUAGAAAUUUACGUGACCCUUAAAAGUACGUACGCGCCGUUAUUUUAAGACAGAGCGGCAGCAGUGACAACAACAUAGCGAUUACAACAAAAUUAAUUAAUAACAUAAAUCAUUUGAUUGCAUUAUUACGUACACAUAUAAUACACGAUUGAAUUUCGAAGCACGCAGAAGCAAAAGAACACGCACUCUGCGAAUAAAUAGAGACUGCAAAGCAUUUAGAAGAAAGGAAGAGGCACUUUUUAAGUUGCCCCGUUUUUUGCGUAUCGAGAGGAAAAGUUUCCGUACAUUUGCAUGCCAUCCGUUCAAAAUUGACGAUGCCGACGACUUAGACGCCGUUUCUGUUUAGUCUCAGGCAGUUCGGAUCAAACUAAUUUCGUCUGGGAUUAAAUCCUUCUCAAUGAGUGCAAACGAAUUACAUGUAUCGUUACAUAUUUUGAAAUAGCGGAAGAAAAAAAAAGAAAAAGCACCAAUUACUUUACUGAGACACGUUUGUAUGUUUGUCUGUCCUCACUCCGUCAACUCAUCUCCCAUCUCUCCAAAAAAAUCUUUCUGUCCCGUUACUUCGAAUCUUGCUUUUUUACUGCGCGCACGAUCGUUUCGCGUAUACAAUAAUUGCUACGAUGUUAACGUAUGCGUGUAAAUCGAUUUAUUUAGAGAUAAACACACGCUCGUAUUUUUUCUCUCUCUUUACGGAAAUAACGGCGGCGUCCUCACAUUGCCAAUUGUUAAGACGGACCUCGCUUUCGAGCUUGUAACUCUGUGUAAUAAGAUAUGUACUUCUGACAAAAGAUCCGAGUGUAAUAUUAUAUAGAUAGCUGAGAAAAAAAAAACAACUGAAAUUCAUGGAUUUUUGGCAUUAGCCGAGCUGAGGAGACGAGAAUAUGCUUACUUCGAUUGUCCUCCUCCUGCCCCAUCCCCACUCAAACCGCCCCUUCCAUCCUCAUCUGUAUCUCGUCAAAUGCAAUAAUAUCGUUCGCCUGAUUGUGAGCUUUCGUAAAGAGACCGUCGCGAAGAGCUUAAUAAUGUGAAUGAAAAACAAAAGUAUGUGUCGUCGAAAUACUUUUUUUUUUUCGAUUUCGUUCGUCUUUACACAUCUUUCCGAAGCGAGCGUCUCAUCGCGUCAGCUCGACAUCGUGCAGCGUCGUUGAUUAAAAAAAAAAAAGAAGCGGAGAAGCGAGAACAGAAAAAAAUUUGAAAAGAUUACGUUAGUGAGCCUUUUUAGCGUUAUUACGUUACUCACACAGCAAAACAAGCAACUAUCUAGCUAGUCUGUAAUGUGGUUGUACGUUUUCAUACGCCCGUUGUGUAAACUAAAUAUCGAUUGCUGUGGUAUAAGAACAGAAUAAAUGACUGUACCCCGACUUUUUCCAUCCGCGCACAUACACACUCUUACACCAUACAUACAUAUAUAUGCAUAUACGUGCAUAUAUAUAAAUAUAUAUAUAUAUGCAUAAUACAAAAUAUAUAUACAUUAUAUAUACAUAAACACUUAUAUGUACGAUAUAUGUAUGUAUCUACUUUUCCAUCCGAAUAGUCGGUUCGUGUUUAUAUAAUUAUCCAUUCGCCGAUUCAUCGAUGAGUCAUUCCAUCAACUUUUACGUUGAGACAUUCCAUUAUUCUUCUUGUACUAAGGAGUCAUAGAUUUACAGUGAAAAUACCCUCUUUUCUUCAGAUCGACGAGGUAAGCUUUAGCUAGUUACUGACCAUUUUAUGCAUUAAAAUUUAUCUACUUAUUAUAGAGCUAGAACUACCAAAAUCCAUUUUUAAGCUCGAUCAGUUUUUUUCGCUGAUAACACGACGGGGAGGAGAUACCGACAAGGAGACGCCGAAUGAGCGCAGCAAAAAAAAAAGCAAGGCGUCGUCUAAACAUCAAGAAAAAGGAAUACAAUCUGGCGAGACAAACGCGGAUCGCGAGGGAUCCGCAUGGAAGAAAAAAAAAUUUUGUGUCCAUCGUGCCCCUGUAUUUAGAUAUUGUAACGAUAAAAACGAUAAUCAUGUUACACACACAAAUGAUACGUUAUGAAUACAAGGAAUAACUCUCAAAGUAAUAUCAACUGGCUCUCGUAAAGUAAGUAAGUAUAUUUGCGAAUGUAAUUGUAAGAGCGUAAUAAGUAGGAUAAAGAAAAAAUUAAAAAAAGAAAAAAAACGAAGAAGUAACAAUCUCGACGCGAGAGAUCAUCCGAGCGAUGGGGUAAGAUCAACUCGAGUAUAUGAUGAUCGAGGAGAUUAAAUCGCGUGAAAAAUUGUAUGCAAGGUAAACAGAGCUCUAAAUUAAGAACUGCGGAGCGAGGCGGAAGCCGUAGGCUGUUAAAACAACACACGCGCAUAUAUAUAUAUAUAAAUAUAUUUCAAUUACAUUAGCAUGUAUCUGUGCUGCGGGCAAAAAAAGUGUUUUAAGAAAUUUAGAUACAUAUAAAAAAUGCGUUCAGGUGGCAACGAAAUGGUGGUAGUAGCGAUCUCUGGAUGCCGAUGAAUUAUCCGUACGAUCCGAUUAUUCGUUCAUAGAGUGUUUAAAAAUCAUCUUUUAAAGAUUGUAUCAAUCUUUUACUGCAAAAUCGUCGAAAAAAAAAAUCUGUCCGAUUAAAUUAAUAUCUUCACUGCGAGUGUUUAAAGAUUUUAAUUUAAAAAGUGAUUUAUUUUAAUAUAAUUUAAAUUGAUUCAAAGUUUAAAAAAUAUGAGAUUUAGAAAUAAAUUAGAUUUUAUAGAAUUGAAUAUCGAUCGCCCUCUUUUAGAACAGGCAUUCUAAAAUCGCACUAUGAACGAAUAAUAGAGCAACGCGAUUCAUCUAUUGUUCGGAAGAACUAAUUUUUGCGUUUCUGGAUCCGCAUGCGUUUUUACGCUCUGUAUUACAAUCAAUACGAUUAUACCGGAUACAAUCUUUUUUUCUGUAAAACCACACACGUGAAAAGCUACAAAUAAAGUAAUUAUAAAUCUA